UCAGCGGUGCCGGAACACGUGCAGCUUAUGAAAGGCAUACCAGGGUUUCACUGCGAAAUCCUGUCUUGUCAUGUUGCCCAGUCCCGUGUGACUGCAUUAGCUAAGUAUUACGUUCUCUCAUGACCAGUUCAGGAGAGUUAAAACAAUAGUAGGGAUACCACGUGUCGCCGGUCUGUCUCCAUAUUGUGCACUUUGCCGACAUACGAGCUGACUUUCCUUCUGCAUCGUAAAUAACGGAUGUAGUGUUAAUUUAUUAUUCUACAUCGUACAGGAGUGGAUGCGUCCGGCGGGCAAGGAUGUUCUAAUGCCCACAAACUGCAGAGACGUAGAGCAGAUGUGUUUCGACCUCCUCUCCGGCCCGCUGCUCGAAGACGAUGACAAGGACCUCCUGGAUUCCCUCUUGGGUGGAGACUUGCUUCCGCUUCUGGACGGAGAAAAUCUAGAACCCAGCGAGCCAAUGUGCAUCAGUCGAAAGCUCGAGAACGACACUUCCGCCGAUGAAGAAGUUGAUGUGGUGUCUGUGGACGAGGUCGUCACAAGCUCCCUGCCGGAGAAAAAGCACGAGCCACAGCGAGCGGGGCAUGUACCUAGGAGUAGACAGAAACCCGUUCGGCACCUGCCGCGCGCCAUACCGCCUGUGUCCGAACGCCACCAAGCCCAGAAGCCACGUCGCACGUCCAUUCUCAUACAGACUCCCGGACGAGGGCGCGUCGCCUGUCCUGCUGCCACAGCCCUCGAUCACGACUAUUGUGGCGGGUCAGAGUCUCGAACCGAUCUCAGGGUGCACAAAGGAAUGCCACGUCGGGACUCAUCCCGGUCGUCCUCGCGUAGUUCUUCAAGCAGUUCGUCCGAUGACUCGAUGCAGCGGAGGCCUCUCCCACCACGCAGGCAGCCCACGCCGAAGGAGGAGCGUAGAGUAGUGUACGUAGGAAACAUCCCGGAAGGCACGACACGUUUCGACCUGCGGCAGCGUUUCGGAAGGUUUGGUGCCAUAGAGGAAGUGAGCGUCCACUUUCGCGAUAGAGGGGACAACUAUGGCUUUGUGACUUUCGUGUCCAAGUCUGACGCUUACGAGGCGGUAGAACAUGGCAAUGAUGACGCUACACAACCACGCUACGACCUCUGCUUCGGAGGCAGACGACAGUUUUGUCGGUCAAAUUGGGCGGACUUAGACUCUCAAAACAACUAUGAAUCGACAGACCAAAGUAGACGUCACCGAGGUCCCGUAAAAAGGCAGAGAGACGGCAGCGACUUCGAUUCGCUCCUGCGGGCCGCCAAGUCAAAAUCGUGGGGCCGCAGGUAUUGAGGAUAGUGGAGCGUGCAUCCCUCUUCAAGAACGUCGGGGUGGGGGGAUGGCACAUCUUGUCGCAUCUGCUCAGGACUUAUUCUAAUGAAGGCUGUGUAACUUAUUCGGUGACAGUGGAUAUGGACUGUGGUGCUUUGCGAUUUUUUAGAGUAUGUUUCAAUUGUAUAUGUGUAUAUAUAUAUAUAUCUAGGUGCUGCUGCUUUGUUCUCUAAGCAUCUGUAUGCUGUGAAAGCGUGCAUGUCACAGUCAAACCUUGCCUGGUGCCAUAGGAUGAGCUUGAUGGUGAAGUUUGUAGGUGGCUUCAGGUUUUAGUCUAUAUAGUAUACAAGAAGAAUUUGAGCAUGUUGCUUCACUGCGGGGGUGGUGCUCUAGGCUCUGUACUGAAUCGUGUAGCAUAAUGAUUACCGCAAACGGCAGAAUGAUUGCAUCACAGCAGCUCUGUUCUUGUUUUGGCUCAGAUUCGGGUACCAGGAAUGAAUAGUGUGCUUCAAUUGAUGACGCAGGUGGUGCUGGUUUGUGUUUGCAUGAACCUAGAGUUGGAUAUAUUCUGUAUAGCUUUGGUGACUGACGUUGAUGAUACUAUUUUUUAAGAAAUUGUCCGCGAGCCAUAAUAAUGGGAGGCACUAACGUCAUGCGGCAGUUACGAUAAUCAGCAGCGCCGCAGUGGUCGGUCCGUGGGUUACUUUUGCUCAUGUGAGAACCUCCUCCUGGAGGGCACAAGUUGUAGGUGUUAAAUGACAUUAACGUUGUGGGUGGGUGGCCUCCGCAACAAACCUCAAAUAAUGGGUGCCGUGUGUGGAGUAUGUGCAUGGACUGUAGCAUUGCUGAUCACCGUACUUGUCUCUCGAUGUAGAGCCCCAAUUGUUAUUUUGUCCCAUAUGUGUGAUUUUGUUUUGUCCUUUCUCCAUAAGAUCCAUUGCACUUUAAGGGUGAAGCACUUUGUCAUAAUUGUAAGAGGCAAGUGCCUUGAACCAAGUCUCUGCAAAGGUGCCAGAUAUAAAGGCAUCAUGAUGGCUUGAAGAGUUCCCACCAUGGUGGCUUAUUCUGCAUUUGUGUGACACCAUCUUUUAGUUCCGGCAGUUAUCUGUGAAGUAAGAAGUAAUUUUAUGAAUGCAAAUUGUUCCCAACAUGAAUAAGAGCCAGAACGCAGACUACCUUGUGAUACGUGACGAAAGUGAUUAAGCCCCGAGACAAGGAAUACACAGACGAUCACAAUCACAAGUAUGCCCGUGAGAACGUGCUUGCGACCAUCGGAGUAUUCCUUGUCUCUGGGAUUUAAUCAUUUUAAUCGCGUUCCCGACAUUUACAGGCACAGUGGUUAGAGCUGGUGGUUUUCUGUGAGGCCUUGCUACAAAAAUGUUGUAGCCGGAAGGCUGUUUUAAAAUAGAGACUGAUCAAUCAC